CAUUUCUAUUCCCUCCAAGAAGAGUAUUAAUGCUGAAGCAGCAGCAACAGCAGUGAAAGACAAACAUGAAUGUGAAGGGCAUGGUUAUAGUCUUGGCUGUGAUAUUCUGUGCUACAAUUGUUCAAGGUUUCCCCAUGUUCAAAUGGGGACGCUGUCUUUGCAUAGGCCCUGGAGUAAAAGCAGUGAAAGUGGCAGAUAUUGAGAAAGCCACCAUAAUUUACCCAAGUAACAACUGUAACAAAAUAGAAGUGAUUAUCACCUUGAAAGCACAUAAAGGACAAAGAUGCCUAAAUCCCAAAUCGAAGCAAGCAAACAUUAUAAUCAAGAAAAUUAAGAGAAUGAAUUUUUUAAAAUAUCAAGAUGUAUGAAGUCCUGGGAAAGAAAAUUUGAAAACCUAGAACACGUUUAACCAUGACAACUGAAGUGAUAAGAAUUCCACAAGAGGAAAGUGAUUUUCUCCUGCCUGUUGCAAUGUACAUUCAUGCAUUUCUGCGUCAAUGAACCUCAGAGUUCUGAUGGUUAUAAUUAUUCUGUGACAAUGAAAACAUUUCUGUCUCUAGAAGUUAUGUCUCUGUACUUGAUCUAUCUGCCAUAUUACAACCUUUAGUUACAAUGGAGACAUAACAUUACUGGACUCAAGAAGACCUUAUAAGUCAAAAGCAUACAUGUGUGUAAUAAACAUUCCCCAAAUAGUUUUAAUACAAAUCCAUUUUUUACCCUAAAAUAAUACAGCACAUAUAUAUCUAGGGAAAAAGUUCUUAUAUAUAUUCCCAUUUUAUAAAAGGCUAUAAUUUAUGAAAUGUACUAUAAAAAACAUAAGCUAAGGAAAACUGGUAUGAGUGCAAAUAUUUCAUAACUGAAUUAGUAGCUUUGUCUUAAUUUGAUUUUUUUCAGCAACUUUUCAUUGAGAUGUUUUAAUGCAAUAAAGGUGUGUGUGUCUAUUGUGUAUUUUAUCUAUCCUUGUAAACUGUAGCAAUAUUUUGGACACAUUUUAAAUACACAACACUUUUAUCUACCAAAAAAAUGUUGA